UUCUACGUAAUACACUCCAUCCUCCCUCAAUACCUAUUACUCCCGUUAUCACGGUCUCCUUCUUACCAUUUCUCUGUCCCCUAAUUCCUGACUUCAUCUCCCUCUGAUUCUCUCCCUCAAUGAGAACAGAUUACUGCUGACAACUCAGGAGGGCUUGUCCUUUAUCACCACCCUGUGUUGUCCCUCUUUAACCCUAAAAAUGAUCAGCAGUGACGAUUCAUUGGAGCCACUUCUGGGCCCUCUGGAGCUGGAGUGCAAGAUAUGUUAUAAUGGCUUUGAUACAAGGCAACAUCGCCCUAAAGUUCUAGGGUGUGACCACCGCAUGUGCGCUCGCUGCCUCAGGAAGAUGUCUUCCAAUUGGAGUCAUACCCCACCAGCUACACUAUGUUGUCCAUUUUGCCGACAAGAAACCCCGCUGCCUGAGGACCUGCAGCUCCUGCCAGAUGACAGCGGCCUGUUAUCCAAACUCAGUUGUGGUGAAUGGAUCCACAGGCGCGGUUGCAGCGUGGCACCUGAGGUCAUGUUGAGUCCUGGGAAUCUGUGCCCUAACUCCUCUGAGUGUCUAGUCAUCACCAUUAUGGAGGUCUCAGAUGAGCCUGCAGGGCCCGAUGAACAUAUGCCUGUACUAGACAUCCUGAGAGUGAAGAUCUCAUCUAGUCUAGCAUGGCUACCUGAUUCCUGUGUUCCUCACUGCUGCGGCCCCUGCAGGCCUGUGCCCCGUGUCCUACUAGGCUUCUUGUGCCUCGUGUAUAUUAGUUCACUGCCCCUUGGUGUCUACCUUAUGAUGAAUGGGCAUCUGUUAGGCAUCAUACUGGUUAGUCUUGUGCCGUGCACCCUUAUACUCAGUCUUUUGUGCUACUGUUUCUGCCAUGAGCUAACUGCCUGCCUUGCUGAUUAACACUCUUGAAUCCCUUACAACCAACAUUGAUUGUGUAAGAACUGUGUCACCAGCAUCCCUUCACCUUCACUGACAGUGCCAAGCCUAUGCCUCUUAUACACUCCGGGUGUACUGAGCCAGUGCCCUAUUUUUAUUCCAUAUGUCUUCUGUAUUAUAACGUGUUCCACUAGUCAUGACCACAACAGUCUGUGCUAGCAAAUAUAUGAACCCACCACCCACUCCUUUAUCAUCAGUAUUAUUCUAUAUUUACUCCAAAUAAUAUCAAAGAAUGACUUUUCCAACAUCAAGCUCCUGCUUGUGAUAUCAGUGAUACAUUAUCUUCACUUGUGUUUGUUGGUCUUAGUAUUCUGCAGGUAGCUGUAAUAUGCAAUUAUGACAUACAGAAAGGGUAGCAUUCAGCAAAUGAUUCUACAGGUGUAGUUCUGCUCUUAUCUACUGUAGUACAGCAGACACAGCUGACCAUUGGUCUUGCUGUUGCUUCCUGGAUGGUAUGGAGUAUAAAAUGCUCUUGGAUCCUGCAAUAUUUGUACUCAACCUUAGCCUGUAUAAUAGCAGGCUCUGCAACAAGCUGCAAAGGCCUGGAUUUUGUCAUGGUUCAUUCAUUGGAGCUUAGGGUACAGGAACUUUGCACUACAGCCACUACAUAGAUAGUGAAACCACAUCAAACUCCUAUGUGUGUAAAACCUCUUAUUGACCAUGAUAACAUAACAUACCUUAGCAGAUCUGAGCAUCAAGUUGUAUAGCAUUUGUAACAUGGCACAGUAUAGAGAGCUGUCUCAGUCUUGGGCAUUUUGCCAGCCAUUCCAUAAGGCUAAUUGUAAAAGAAAAAUCUGUUAACAGUUAUUAAACCUCUUUUUUAGCACACACUAACAAAGGCGAUAACAAUUUUGUAGUGCUUCAUUUUUAAGCCUUACCCAGUAACUAAGAAAUAAUCCUAAACCAAAGUGUUGUUAGUUAGUGACUCCAAGUACAGAAAGCAGCCAGUCAUAUACAGCCAUAUAUCCUGCAUCCUUUAUACAGGGGUAUUAGCAGAUUGUAUCAUCACUAGUGAAAAGAAAUAUUACUUAUUUUUUUGCACAAACAUUUUCAUAUGAAAAACACACAUGAAAAACUUCAUAAGUCAUAACUGCCAAAAACAACUUGUAAGUCUUAAAUGCCCAAUGCUCGUGUAUAUAGUAUAAUCAUAUCUGAAACAUGAUUACUGUAAGUGCUAUUAUAUUAGGAUAAAGCUGGUAUUAUUUUUUGGAGUGUGAUCAUGUAGAUGGUGACGGAUUUAUUUCUGGUCAUAGAAAACGCUCACGUUUACCUUAAUAAAGCAAGGGCCAGGGCUAUGCUCAUAUUUAUAUGUAUACCAGUAUAUUUUACUAUCCAUGUAAUGACAAAAUAAUGUUGCAGAUAAAUUGAGUUUAUUUUCCAUUA